AUGGUCAAAACAAUCAAAAUCGAAACAACAACAAUACCGCUCACCUCCUCAUUAUACCUCUUCUACCUCUUCCUCUGCCUAUUCUUCUGCCUACGCUUCUCCUUCGCCAUCUUCUUCUCCAUUUCCUUCCCGUCGCCGCACUCGUUGUCACCAGACUGGCAGGGUGAGUCCGCUCACUCUGGCUGCCUGGAAUGUUCGUUACCUUUUAGACAAUCCGAGGAGCAACCGACCGGAACGAAGGACGGCGCUAGUGGCACGGGAACUGGCGCGCUACAAGGUGGACAUCGCCGCACUCAGCGAGACCCGAUUCUCCGAACAAGGCCAGCUGGAGGAGGUGGGUGCCGGCUACACCUUCUUUUGGAGCGGUCGACCCAGGGCAGAGCGAUGGGACGCGGGUGUCGCCUUCGCCAUUCGGAACGACAUCGUGGGACGACUGCCCUGUUUGCCGCAGGGCAUCAACGAUCGCCUGAUGAGCCUCCGCCUGCCUCUCCGAAGUGGGGGCAAAUUCGCCACCAUCAUCAGCACCUACGCUCCGACGAUGACCAACCCCGACGCCGUCAGAGACAAAUUCUACGAGGACCUGCACGCCCUCUUGGCGACUGGUUCGAAGGCGGACAAGUUGAUUGUCCUUGGUGACUUCAACGCCCGUGUCGGCACAGACCGUACUGCCUGGAGAUGGGUGCUGGGUCCCCACGGUCUCCGCGGCUCAAACGACAAUGGUCUGUUGCUUCUCCGCACCUGCGCAGAACACCGCCUCAUCCUGAUGAACACGUUCUUCUGUCUGCCGGAGCGAGAGAAGGCCACCUGGAUGCAUCCUCGGUCGCGCCAGUGGCACCUGCUGGACUAUGUCCUCGUCCGGAGGCGAGAUCAGCGGGACGUGCUGGUGACGAAGGCGAUCGCGGGUGCUGACGGGUGGACCGACCAUCGCCUCGUCAUCUCGAAGAUGCGUAUUCGCCUACAGCCUCGCAGGAGACCACAAGGUAAGCGACCCCCGGGUAAGCUGAAUGUUGCCUUUUUGUCCUUGCCCGCUCACCAUCUUCAUUUAAGCAAUGAGCUAGCUCAAAGGCUAGACUACCUUCCUAUCGCUGCCGACGCCGCCGCUGCCGAGAACGCCUCCGUGGAGAACUGCUAA